AUGGGAAUCAUUAUAUCCGCCAUCGUCGGCAUCUUCGAGUGCAUCGGUGGCGCGAUCCUCGCCGUCUUCGAGAUCAUCGCGGGCGCCAUCGAGUGUGUCUUUGGCGGUGCGUCCCCCCUUCCUUUCUCGCCUUCGGAGGCUGACGAGCUUUGUUCCCCACCACCCUCAUCCUCAUUACCACUACAGCGAUAUUCGCUGUGA